UGUAGUUUUGGCAGAGGAAACUUUGGGUCAUAUAUUUGGUUAAAUAUGAUAGAUUUUUGGUAUCUCCUGGCUAUUUGAACAUUAUUCCUCAGGGUGUAGCUAAACUGAGCCUUCAAAGAUAAAUCUCAGUAGAAAUCAAAACCUGAAAGCUCUAAAAUAAGAGAAUUUAAACUGCAUAUUCCUUUUAUUAGGGAUUGGUAGAUCUGCUUAUUUCUUCUUAAGCUAAACAGGCUUAUCACAGCCAAGUUUGGCGAACUUCUCGGACUUGUCAAGACACUCAGCAAUGACAAAGCUUCGGCCUUCUCAGCCUUUUUCUUCACCUUAAGGGUCCUUCUUGUGUGCCUGGUAUUGACAUCAGCUUCAGUAGAAAUUUUCUGGUCAAAUAUUUCAUGAAGGUCUUUAUCUGUGAAAGAAAAAUGGAAGUGAAUUACAACAUCGCGGAGGUCUACAUCAAUAAAAUUCUAUUCUCUCAUUUUUGGUUUCAUCUGUUGAGCUUAGGCUUGAGAAUGAUCUUGUCAUGAUUAAGUUCCUUCAGAACUUUGGUCAAUAAGUCAAAUCCAAUUGCGUCUAGGAAUCAAAGUUGUUAAUUUGCAGAUUUUAAUAACUGAUGUGUUGUGAUCUUCCUCUGCAUCUAUUUGCUAAAGUUCUUCAUCCAAGUAAUCAUGGGAAUGUGUGCUUCUUUCUUUACAUAAGAGAGGCUGGCAGAAGUCUGAACAUUUUAUACAAGCAAUGCUCCUGCUGAGGUUCAUUUUAAUAUGUUCUACCAAGGUGGUUUUCCCACAGAAGGAACCUCUACAAAUAACGAUUAGGAAUACUCCUUUUCUCCAAGCCAAAGGAGGGAGCUGCUUAGUAAGUCUAUUUCCAACUACAGUAGUGAAGAUUCAUCUUUAUCUUUGUCUGUAUCUAUCUUAGAUUCCUCACCUUCAUCAAUUGCUUCAGGCAAUGUCAUCCAUUCUUGAGCCUCUGCUGGCGCCUCAGUAGCUUCAUUCUCAACAAAUAGAUCCCAGCUUAUUAAGUAUUCUUG